UCUCACCUAGAUGACAGACACUCGAGAGGAGCUGCAGAAAGUCACAAAGCUUUGCUUUCAGAGGACGCGAGAACACCAUGGAGGAGACAGCAGCACACGCGCCGGCCGAGGCUUACGGUGACGUGAGCUUGAAGCCUGGAGGGUUUCUGCGCCUCAGGAGGACCGUGGUCUUCGUCUUCAUCGCAGGAGCCACUCUUCUGCUGUUCGGAGGCGUUGGAGGUUUUUACCUGUGGAAAGUCACAGAAAAAGAAGCGAUCAGCGCUCACUACAGCCGGAACAUCGACAUCAAGACGACCGAAGAUCUCUCUGACGCCGGAGACGACAAACUUGUGGAAGUCCGAGACUAUAAAGCUGGCAUUACGGCGGUCAAGUUCCCUGGAAAAGAGAAGUGUUACAUCAAAUCACAAGUCAGAUCUGAACUUUCUGAGGAGGAAGCCAAUGUUGCGGUGAAACCUGAGGUGGCGUCUCUGGUGUGGAUGGCGUCGGACGAGCCGCUGAAGGACAGCAGUUUCCUGAGCGCUGAAAUACUCAGAUUCUGUGGAGAUCUUCCCAUUUACUGGCAUCAUCCGGCAAACUCCAGAGCACUGAGGAAGAGGAGAAGUGUGACGCGAGUGAGACGACAGAAUACAGGAGUAAACCGGCAGCAAACGAGACGUCGAAACUCCACGAGUUCAGUGAGAGAGGACGAGCGGCCCGAGUAUAACCCGGAGAACCCUUAUCACCAGAAUCAGGAGGGUUCUGAAGGCCACAUGGUGUUCGAUCCGAUGCUGGACCACCGUGGGAUCUGCUGUACCGAAUGUCACCGCAGUUACACACACUGCGAGCGUGUGUGUGAGCCGCACGGAGGCUACUGGCCCUGGCCCUACAACUACCACGGGUGCCGGCCGGUGUGCCGGGUCAUCAUGCCCUGCCGAUGGUGGGCCGCCCGCGUCAUGGGCCUCGUGUGAUCCUCCGUGACCUCAGACAUCCUCAACAACAGCCCAGCAGGCAGUACACUGCACAAACGUGAUGCUCUUACGCAGUAUUAUUGUCUUGUUUCCAGUCCAAAUAUCUGAAAAAUAUGUGGGGGGUUAAAACAAGCUAAAUUAUCUGCCAAUGGGGUAAGAAAAAUAAUCUUGUUUUCCACUUGAAUGAAGAUUAUUUUUCUUACCCCACUGGCAAAUUGGAUACAUAUAUAAUUGGAUAUAUCUGGAAAUAUUUGGACUGGAAACAAGACAAAAAGCAGUGUUGCAGUGUAUCCGUCAUUCCUCCGUCUCGGUGAACUAUAGACCCGCUGUGAGUAACACACUUGACCCAGAAUGACCUUGAUUUGGUUACAUGUCGUGUUUGCCAGAAUAAUUUGCGAUGUAAGCAAAGUAAACAGGGAUUACAAGGUGUUUAGUUUCAUUUCUUCAUUUCUCAUUGUUAUCUAUGAUGGCCGAUGGUUUAUUACAUGUUCACUGACAGCCCAAACUCUUGGUUUAGCUUAGACACAUCAGACGCACAGUUGCAUGCUGGGAAGCCUCUCAAAGCUCCAAUGUAACCAAUGUCCGAGUUCGAUGUGUUUUGAUAUACUAAUAAACUUAUAACU